UCGCUCCAGACGAUCUUUGGCGGUGACGCGCCGGGAGGAUGGGGCGGGCAGAGUGGGACCUGAGCCGGGAGAUUCGAGCCCUGUUCCCGCGGACCUGACUUAAGUAACACCGCUGUGUUGAGUGGAUGUCCACCGCAAGCCGUCUGCAGCCAGAGCAGCUUGAUUUGGAGCCAUGCUGCAGCCUGUCGUUGCAUCUGCCACCGGGACUCGCUGCUGUUAAACCGGCACUUCUUCCAGACAGAUGGAGGCGAUGGAGGUAGACUCUCCUGCGGAGAUACAAGGAGGAGGCAGCAGACCGCCACGGGCAGCUGUUGCUGGCCAGGCCGAGAAUGCCGACGCACCACAUGUCAUCUCAGACUCCGGCAGCAGUACCGAGGUGGAGGACGAACAUGAUAACAAUGGAGGACAGGCGGCAGCUCGGCCACCUCCGAGGCUUCCAGCAACCUGGGCGUUUAGUCAGAGGGCAGUCCGGACUGCAGCCACGCCAUCAGCAGCUCGGGGGGCACCCCUACGGAGGAGAGUCAGGCAGGGCCUCAGGGUGCACUACCCCAGCCAGACGGCAGCACCAUCCAGAGGCUUCCCUGACUUUCUGCUCCGAGCGCCGGCUGCCAGCGUGGCUGAGCCAGAGUCAGGCAGCACCACAGACGUCAGCGAGUCGGAUGAAGAGGAUGCUUCUGCCGCCGUGUUGCUUGUUGACCCUGCCCCACCAACCAAUCCUCACCCCAACCCCUCCACAUAUCACACGCAGCCACAGGAUGUCAGCUCAGCCAACCCCACUUCAGCUGCAGACAAUGAGAGGACAGAAGAUCAACAUCAGGGUGUCAGGUUGCCCUCGGAGGCCUUGGCUUCCAUCCAGUCGAGUGAGGAGAGUGAAGGCGACAACUGCACUAUCUGCUUCGAGGCUUGGACGACGGCGGGCGAGCACAGGCUGUCCGCUCUGCGCUGCGGACACCUCUUCGGCUACACCUGCAUCCAGCGCUGGCUGAAAGCUCAGGGUUCAGCCGCUAAAUGUCCACAGUGUAACAAGAAAGCGAAGCGUUCAGACAUCGUGCUGCUGUACGCUCCAAAGCUGAGAGCGUUGGACAACUCUGAGGAAGAGAGCUUAAAAAAUGUCUUUCAGGAGACUGAGAUUGCUGCCGAAUGCAACCAUCUGCUGUGGAACUACAAGCUGAACCUGACCACCGACCCAAAGUUUGAGUCUGUAGCUGUGGAGGUCUGCAAGACAACCAUCUCUGAUAUUAAAGAAUGUGCGGCGGAGGAGCUGGGUAAAGGCUUUCUGGUGUCCUGCCUGGUGGAUCACCGCAGCAACAUCAGCGACUACCAGUGCAACCAGUACAUCACCAAAAUGACCAGCAUCGUCUUCAGCGACUACCGGCUUAUCUGCGGCUUCAUGGACAAGUGCCGCGAGGACAUCAACAGUCUGCGCUGCGGCAGCAUCAGCACAGGAGAAAAGGACGUCCACUCUCAGGGUGAGGUGAUCGCGUGUCUGGAGAAAGGUUUGGUACGGGAGGUCGAAGAGCAGCCUGGGGCUCACGCCAUCAAGGAUGACUGUAAGAAGGCCAUCAUGAGAGUGGCUGAACUGUCUUCAGAUGACUUCCACCUUGACCGCUACCUCUACUUCGCCUGCCGUGAGGACCGGGAGCGCUUCUGUGAAAAUACACUGGCAGGAGAGGGACGAGUUUACAAAUGCCUCUUCAAUCACAAGUUUGAGGAGGCAAUGACUGAGAGGUGCCAAGAGGCGUUGACCACCAGGCAGAAGCUGAUUGCUCAGGACUAUAAGGUCAGCUACUCGCUGGCUAAAGCCUGCAAGUCAGACCUGAGGAAGUACCACUGCAGCGUGGACACCAACAUGCCCCGAGCUCGAGAAGCUCGCCUGUCUUACCUGCUUCUCUGUCUGGAGUCUGUUGUGCAUCGAGGCCGCGUGGUCGGCGGCGAGUGUCAAGGCGAGAUGAUGGACUACAGGCGGAUGCUGAUGGAGGACUUUUCCCUGAGCCCGGAGAUAGUGCUGCACUGUCGCAGCGAGAUCGAGGGUCACUGCUCCGGUCUGCACCGAAAAGGACGAACACUGCACUGCCUGAUGAGGGUCGGCCGAGGAGACAUGGGAGCCAUCGACCCCAACUGUCAGAGGGCGCUCCAGACUCUGAUUCAGGAAGCCGAUCCAGGAGCAGACUACCGCAUAGAUCGAGCACUGAAUGAGGCGUGUGAGUCUGUCAUCCAGACUGCCUGCAAACACAUCCGCAAUGGAGACCCCAUGAUCCUAUCCUGUCUGAUGGAGCAUCUGUACACUGAGAAGAUGGUAGAGGACUGUGAACACAGACUGCUGGAGCUGCAGUACUUCAUCGCCAGAGACUGGAAGCUGGAUCCCAUCCUGUAUAAGAAAUGCCAGGGUGACGCAGCUCGGCUCUGUCACACUCACGGAUGGAACGAAACCAGCGAGAUGAUGCCGCCGGGUGCCAUUUUCUCCUGCUUGUACCGCCACGCUUAUCGCUCUGUGGAGCAGGGGCGCAGGCUCCCUGGUGGGCCAUCUGAAGCAGAAAACCAAGGUUUUAUUCUCUCUAGGGACUGUAAGGUGGAGGUGCAGAGGAUUCUCCACCAGAGGGCACUGGACGUUAAGCUGGACCCUGAGCUGCAGAGACGCUGUUUGACCGACCUGGGGAAGUGGUGUAGCGAGAAGACCGAGGCAGGACAGGAGCUUGAGUGUCUGCAGGACCACCUGGAGGACCUGGUGUCUGACUGCCGAGUUGUGGUGGGAAACCUGACAGAGCUAGAAUCUGAGGAUAUUCAGAUCGAGGCACUGCUUAUGAGAGCCUGUGAACCCGUCAUCCAGUCCCACUGCCACGAGGUAGCUGAUAAUCAGAUCGACACUGGUGAUCUGAUGGAGUGCUUGGUUCAGAACAAACACCAGAAGGAGAUGAAUGAGAAGUGUGCAGUGGGAGUGACACACUUCCAGCUGAUUCAGAUCAAAGAUUUCCGUUUCUCCUAUAAGUUCAAAACAGCCUGCAAGGAAGACGUCCUCAAACUGUGUCCCAACAUAAAGAAGAAGGUGGACGUAGUGAUGUGCCUCAGCAUCACAGUGAGGAACGACACGCUGCAGGAGGCCAAGGAGCAGCGGGUGUCCGUCAAAUGUCGUAAGCAGCUGCGGGUGGAGGAGGUAGAGAUGUCGGAGGAUAUCCGUCUGGAGCCGGAGCUUUACGACUCCUGUAAGCAGGACAUCACCAGACUGUGUCAGAAUGUGGCUUACGGCAACGCACAGGUCAUUGAGUGUCUGAAGGAGAACAAGCGCCAGUUGACUUCUCGCUGCCACCAGCGGAUAUUCAAGCUGCAGGAGGUGGAGAUGGUUGAUCCUGAACUGGACUACCAGCUGAUGAGGGUCUGCAAGCACAUGAUCAGGCGGUUUUGUACAGAGUCAGAGGGGAAGAACGUUCUUCAGUGUCUAAAACAGAACAAGAACAGUGAGCUCAUGGAUCCUAAAUGUAAACAGAUGAUCACAAAGAGACAGAUCACCCAGAACACAGACUACAGGCUGAACCCGGUGCUGAGGAAAGCCUGUAAAGCCGACAUCCCAAAGUUCUGUCAGCCCAUCCUGAACAAAGCAACUGCAGACAGCGAGCUAGAGGGUCAGGUCAUCUCCUGCCUCAAACUCAAAUAUGCUGACCAGCGUUUGUCUUCUGACUGUGAGGAUCAGAUCAGGGUCAUCCUGCAAGAGUCAGCGCUGGACUACAGACUGGACCUUCAGCUGCAGAUCCAUUGCACACAGGAGAUCUCCAGUCUGUGUCCGGAGGAGGCAGCAGCUCAGGAGCAGACGGGACAGGUGGAGGAGUGUCUCAAGGUCAACCUGCUGAAGAUCAAACAGGACGCAUGUAAGAAGGAGGUGUUGAACAUGCUGAAGGAAAGUAAAGCGGACAUCUUCGUCGACCCUGUCCUCCACACAGCCUGUGCUUUGGACAUCAAGCACCACUGUGCCGCCAUCCCACCUGGCAGGGGGCGCCAGAUGUCUUGUCUCAUGGAGGCGCUGCAGGACAAACGCAUUCGCCUGCAGCCAGAAUGCAAGAAGAGACUUCAGGAUCGCAUAGAAAUGUGGAGCUACGCCGCCAAGGUGGCUCCCGCUGAGGGUUUCUCAGACCUGGCCAUGCAGGUGAUGACAUCACCGUCCAAGAACUACAUCCUGACUGUGAUUGGUGCUGGUGUGGCACUGCUCUUCCUGAUGGGGCUGCUUUGCGGCCGUUUCACUAAGCGUGUCACUCAGGAGCUGAAGGACAGGUAGACCAUGACCAGUCUGGGGUCAGGACACACCCACAGGAGAGACGACCACAGCUGAAAUCGGACCAUCCCUCCCCCAUCAUUUAACCCCCCCCCCCCGUCAGCCACAGAUACUC